AUGGACUUUUUAAAAAGAGUUGUGCCUCCCAUCCUUUCGGGAGAUGCGGUUGUGGAAGCUAGAGACAGUUUCCAGGAAGGUUCCCCCAGAUUACUGAAGAUGAGAAGUCUUAGCUUAUUUUCGUCAGAGAAGACUGUAGGUGAGGAAGAUGGAAUCACUAUCAGGCACAGUCAUUAUGGCAAACACCGCCACCAACAACUCGCUUCAGCACCAGUCAGCAAAGUGAAUAAGUACUGUACUUCUUCCAACUUUCAUUCCACAUUGGGGAAAAAGAAUAUCAUCAUGUCAAACAUUACGAUUGACCCAGAUGUCAAGCCCGGUGAAUAUGUCAUCAAGAGCCUCUUUGCAGAAUUUGCUGUUCAAGCUGAAAAGAAAAUUGAAGUUGUAAUGGCUGAACCCUUGGAGAAGCCUUUGUCUCGAUCUCUGCAGAGGGGCGAAGAUCUUCAGUUUGACCAGCUGAUAAGCUCUAUGAGCUCAGUAGCAGAGCACUGUCUCCCUUCCUUACUUCGCACCUUGUUUGACUGGUACAGACGCCAGAAUGGAACUGAAGAUGAAUCUUACGAGUACAGGCCUCGAUCUAGCACAAAAUCUAAGGGGGAUGACCAGCAACGUGAAAGAGAUUAUCUUCUUGAAAGGAGAGACUUAGCAGUAGAUUUCAUUUUUUGUUUAGUUUUAGUUGAAGUUCUAAAGCAGAUCCCUGUUCAUCCUGUGCCUGAUCCCUUAGUUCAUGAAGUUCUAAACUUGGCUUUCAAGCACUUUAAACAUAAGGAAGGGUAUUCGGGAACCAACACUGGGAAUGUGCAUAUUAUUGCAGAUUUAUAUGCAGAGGUGAUAGGGGUUCUUACCCAAUCAAAGUUUCAGGCUGUGAGAAAGAAGUUUAUGACGGAAUUAAAGGAACUGCGACUGAAGGAACAAAGCCCUCAUGUGGUUCAGAGUGUCAUCAGCUUAAUCAUGGGAAUGAAAUUUUUCCGCGUGAAAAUGUAUCCUGUAGAAGAUUUUGAAGCAUCAUUUCAGUUUAUGCAGGAAUGUGCUCAGUAUUUCUUAGAAGUAAAAGAUAAAGAUAUAAAACAUGCCCUUGCCGGUUUAUUUGUGGAGAUUCUUAUCCCUGUAGCUGCUGCUGUUAAAAAUGAAGUGAAUGUUCCCUGUUUGAAAAAUUUUGUGGAGAUGCUUUAUCAGACUACUUUUGAACUGAGCUCCCGAAAGAAGCAUUCAUUGGCUCUAUAUCCACUGAUCACCUGCCUUUUAUGUGUCAGUCAGAAACAGUUUUUUCUAAGUAACUGGCAUAUUUUCCUACAGAACUGUUUGUCGCACUUAAAGAAUAAAGAUCCUAAAAUGUCUCGAGUUGCACUGGAAUCUUUGUACAGAUUGUUGUGGGUUUAUGUAAUUAGAAUAAAAUGUGAAAGCAACACUGUAACUCAAAGUCGUCUUAUGAGCAUCGUGUCAGCACUUUUCCCAAAAGGCUCACGUAGUGUGGUUCCUCGUGACACACCUCUCAAUAUAUUUGUGAAGAUUAUUCAGUUCAUUGCUCAGGAACGUUUGGAUUUUGCAAUGAAAGAAAUAAUAUUUGAUCUGCUCAGUGUUGGAAAGUCUACUAAAACUUUCACCAUUAAUCCAGAGAGAAUGAACAUAGGCCUCCGGGUGUUCCUGGUGAUCGCGGACAGCCUGCAGCAGAAAGAUGGGGAGCCGCCCAUGCCCACCACAGGGAUCAUCCUUCCUUCGGGAAACACCCUGCGUGUGAAGAAGAUUUUCCUCAAUAAGACCUUGACAGACGAAGAAGCAAAAGUCAUAGGAAUGUCAAUUUACUAUCCUCAAGUGAGAAAAGCAUUAGACAGCAUCCUCAGACAUUUGGACAAGGAAGUUGGGAGGCCGAUGUGUAUGACAAGUGUGCAGAUGUCUAAUAAGGAGCCUGAAGAUAUGAUUACGGGAGAAAGAAAACCCAAAAUUGAUUUGUUUAGAACUUGUAUUGCUGCUAUUCCAAGGUUGAUUCCUGACGGUAUGAGCAGAACUGACCUCAUCGAACUGUUAGCAAGGCUCACGGUUCACAUGGACGAAGAGCUGCGUGCUCUCGCUUUCAAUACCCUGCAGGCUCUCGUGCUCGAUUUUCCAGAUUGGCGGGAGGACGUGCUUUCAGGAUUUGUGUACUUCGUUGUCCGAGAAGUGACUGACGUCCACCCCACGCUUCUUGACAACGCUGUAAAGAUGUUGGUACAGUUAAUAAACCAGUGGAAGCAGGCAACCCAAAUGCACAACAAGAACCAGGACUCCCAGCACGGUCUGGCGAACGGCGCCUCGCACCCCCCUCCUCUGGAGAGGAGCCCGUACCCCAGUGUGUUCCACGUGGUCGAAGGGUUUGCUCUCGUCACCCUCUGCAGCAGCCGGCCUGCCACGCGCAGAUUGGCCGUCAGUGUCCUCAGAGAAAUCCGGGCUUUGUUUGCACUUUUGGAAAUACCCAAGGGCGAUGAUGAAUUAGCCAUAGAUGUGAUGGACAGGCUGAGCCCAUCCAUUCUGGAGAGCUUCAUACAUCUCACGGGGGCCGACCAGACUACUCUGCUGUAUUGCCCUAGCGCGAUAGAUUUACAGACAUUAGCAGAAUGGAAUUCUUCUCCCAUCAGCCACCAGUUUGAUGUGAUUAGCCCAUCACACAUAUGGAUAUUUGCACAUGUGACCCAAGGCCAAGACCCGUGGAUUAUAAGUCUGUCCAGUUUUUUAAAGCAAGAAAACCUCCCCAAACACUGCCCUACAGCUGUGAGCUACGCUUGGAUGUUUGCAUACACAAGGCUUCAGUUGCUGUCCCCGCAGGUUGAUAUAAACAGCCCCAUCAAUGCCAAGAAGGUGAAUACGACCACGAGCAGCGACUCGUACGUGGGCCUGUGGAGGAAUUACCUGCUCCUGUGCUGCAGCGCGGCCUCGUCCGCGUCCGCGUCCCCCUCUGCGGGGUCCGUGCGGUGCUCUCCUCCCGAGACGCUGGCGUCCACCCCCGACAGCGGCUACAGCAUCGACUCCAAAAUUAUUGGAAUCCCUUCCCCUUCCUCCUUGUUUAAGCACAUAGUUCCAAUGAUGCGCUCUGAGAGCAUGGAAAUCACAGAGUCCCUUGUUCUAGGUCUUGGCAGGACCAACCCAGGAGCUUUUAGGGAACUGAUAGAGGAACUGCAUCCCAUAAUUAAAGAAGCACUCGAAAGAAGGCCAGAGAAUAUGAAACGGCGCAGGCGUCGGGACAUUUUACGAGUACAGCUGGUACGAAUAUUCGAACUGCUGGCAGACGCUGGUGUCAUUAGUCACAGUGCAAGCGGUGGCCUGGAUAAUGAAACACAUUUCCUCAACAACACUCUACUGGAGUACGUGGAUUUAACCAGACAGCUCCUGGAGGCAGAAAACGAAAAAGACUCUGACACCCUGAAGGACAUACGAUGCCAUUUUAGUGCCUUAGUGGCGAACAUCAUUCAGAACGUUCCAGUGCACCAGAGAAGAAGCAUUUUCCCUCAGCAGAGCCUGCGUCACAGUCUGUUCAUGCUGUUCAGCCACUGGGCUGGUCCCUUUAGCAUCAUGUUUACUCCCCUGGACAGAUACAGCGACAGAAAUAUGCAAAUUAACAGACAUCAAUACUGUGCACUCAAGGCUAUGUCUGCUGUGCUAUGUUGUGGCCCUGUUGCAGAUAAUGUGGGACUUUCAUCAGAUGGCUAUUUGUACAAAUGGUUGGAUAACAUUUUGGACUCUCUGGACAAAAAGGUUCACCAGCUGGGCUGUGAAGCAGUGACGUUGCUCCUGGAGCUGAACCCGGACCAGAGCAACCUGAUGUUCUGGGCGGUGGACCGGUGUUACACGGGCUCCCGGAGGGUGGCCGCGGGCUGCUUCAAGGCCAUCGCCAACGUGUUCCAGAACAGGGAUUAUCAGUGUGACACAGUGAUGCUUCUGAACCUGAUACUGUUUAAAGCCGCUGACUCUUCCCGAAGUAUCUAUGAAGUUGCUAUGCAACUCUUACAGAUCCUGGAACCGAAGAUGUUUCGCUAUGCCCACAAACUGGAGGUUCAGAGAACAGAUGGAGUGCUCAGCCAGCUGUCUCCUCUGCCACAUCUGUAUUCUGUGUCAUAUUAUCAGUUGUCUGAGGAACUCGCAAGGGCAUAUCCUGAGCUGACUCUCGCCAUAUUCUCAGAGAUCAGCCAGAGGAUCCAGACCGCGCACCCUGCCGGGAGGCAGGUAAUGCUGCACUACCUGCUGCCCUGGAUGAACAACAUCGAGCUGGUGGACCUGAAGCCGCUGCCCACGGCCAGGCGGCCCGAGGACGACGAAGACGAGUCCCUCAAGGACCGGGAGGCCAUGGUGACGAGCCGGCGCUGGCUGCGAGGAGAAGGCUGGGGGUCCCCUCAGGCCACCGCCAUGGUUCUCAACAACCUCAUGUACAUGACGGCGAAGUAUGGUGACGAGCUGGCCUGGUCGGAGAUGGAGAAUGUGUGGACCACGCUUGCAGACGGCUGGCCGAAAAAUCUGAAAAUAAUUUUGCACUUUUUGAUCAGCAUUUGUGGAGUGAAUAGUGAACCAAGCCUCUUGCCUUACGUGAAGAAAGUUGUUGUGUAUUUAGGAAGAGACAAGACAAUGCAGUUGCUGGAAGAGCUGGUGAGUGAGCUGCAGCUGACCGACCCCGUCAGUGCCGGCGUCACGCACAUGGAUAACUCCCCGUAUUACCGAAUCACGUCCAGCUACAAAGUCCCUUCUGUCACCUCAGGAACUACUUCCAGUAGCAAUACCAUGGUAGCUCCCUCAGAAGGCAAUCUCGAUAACAAGCCCAUGAAAGAGAACGCUGAAGAGAGCUAUGUGCAUCUGGACAUCUACAGCGGACUGAACAGUCACUUAAACCGGCAACACCACAGACUGGAAUCUCGAUACAGUAGCAGCUCUGGAGGGUCUUACGAAGAAGAAAAAAGUGACUCAAUGCCACUUUAUUCUAAUUGGCGCCUGAAAGUGAUGGAGCAUAAUCAAGGAGAGCCACUGCCCUUCCCACCAGCCGGAGGCUGCUGGUCACCGCUGGUGGAUUACUUGCCUGAAACGUCAACACCUGGAUUACCUCUUCACAGGUGUAACAUAGCAGUGAUCCUUUUGACUGACCUGAUCAUCGAUCACAGUGUGAAGGUUGAAUGGGGAAGCUACCUCCAUCUUCUUCUUCAUGCAAUUUUUAUAGGGUUUGACCACUGCCACCCUGAGGUGUAUGAACAUUGUAAGCGUCUGCUUCUGCACUUAUUAAUAGUAAUGGGACCCAACAGUAACAUCCGGACUGUUGCUUCUGUCCUUCUCAGGAACAAGGAGUUUAAUGAACCCAGGGUGCUCACAGUCAAACAGAUUGCACACUUAGAUUAUACUUUCACAGCAGGUGUUAGUGAUUUUAUACCUGAUUACCAGCCCUCCCCCAUGACUGACUCAGGGCUUAGCUCCAGUUCUACCUCUUCUAGCAUCAGCUUAGGAAACAACAGCUCAGCCGUUUCCCAUCUGCACGCCACGGUCCUCAACGAGGCGGACAUCUCAGUAGAGCAGGACGGGAAAGUCAAGACCCUCAUGGAAUUCAUUACCUCGAGAAAAAGAGGGCCCCUGUGGAACCAUGAGGACGUCUCUGCCAAGAACCCCAGCAUAAAGAGCGCCGAGCAGCUGGCCGCGUUCCUGAAACACGUGGUUUCAGUUUUCAAGCAGUCCAGCGCAGAAGCCGUUCAUCUGGAGCAUCACCUCAGCGAGGUGGCCCUGCAGACGGCACUCUCCUGUUCCUCCCGGCACUACGCGGGGAGGUCCUUCCAGAUCUUCCGGGCCCUGAAGCAGCCGCUCUCGGCAGCCACGCUCUCCGACGUCCUCUCCCGGCUCGUGGAGACGGUGGGCGACCCGGGCGAAGAGGCGCAGGGAUUUGUGAUUGAGCUUCUCCUCACGUUGGAAUCUGCGAUUGAUACUUUGGCUGAAACCAUGAAGCAUUAUGAUCUUCUUUCUGCCCUUUCUCAAACCUCAUAUCAUGAUCCUAUAAUGGGAAACAAGUAUGCAGCUAACAGGAAAAGCACUGGACAACUCAACCUAAGCACAAGUCCCAUGAACAGCGGCGGUUACUUGGGAUGUAGCAGUAGCGCAAGGAGCAACUCUUUGAGGUUAAGUCUGAUUGGUGACCGGAGAGGUGACCGACGGCGAAGCAACACACUGGAUAUCACGGAUGGGCGGACCAACCACGGCAACAGCCUGGCCAGGACUAGAAGCCUCUCCUCUCUGCGCGAGAGGGGCCUGUAUGACGUGCAGUCCACUACUGAGCCUGCCAACUUGAUGGCCACCAUCUUUUGGAUAGGAGCAUCCUUGCUGGAAUCCGACUACGAAUAUGAAUACCUCCUGGCUCUCAGGCUCCUCAACAAACUGCUCAUCCAUUUGCCUCUGGACAAAUCGGAGAGUCGAGAGAAGAUCGAAAGCAUGCAGAGCAAACUGAAGUGGAACAACUUCCCAGGCCUUCAGCAGCUCUUCCUGAAGGGUUUUACCUCAGUGUCCACGCAGGAGAUGACCGUGCACCUCCUCAGCAAGCUCAUCGCCGUCUCCAAGCACUCGCUCGUGGACCCUUCCCAGCUGUCAGGCUUUCCUCUUAACAUCCUUUGCUUAUUGCCUCACUUAAUCCAGCAUUUUGACAGCCCAACUCAGUUUUGCAAAGAAACAGCCAGCCGGAUAGCAAAGGUUUGUGCGGAAGAAAAAUGCCCAACGCUCGUCAACCUGGCGCACAUGAUGAGCCUGUACAGCACGCACACAUACUCCCGGGACUGUGCCAACUGGAUCAACGUGGUGUGCCGGUACCUGCACGACUCCUUCUCAGAGACCACGUUCAGCCUGGUGACUUACCUGGCGGAGCUGCUAGAGAAAGGACUGUCCAGUAUGCAGCAGUCGCUGCUGCAGAUCAUCUACAGCCUUUUGAGUCACAUCGACCUCUCUGCUGCCCCCGUCAAGCAGUUUAACCUGGAGAUCAUAAAGAUUAUUGGCAAAUAUGUACAGAGUCCUUAUUGGAAGGAAGCCCUUAACAUAUUAAAACUGGUGGUGUCUCGCUCUGCAAGCCUCGUUGUACCCAACGACAGCCCCAAGACCUAUGGAGGCGAUGUGGGCUCGCCGGAAAUAUCCUUCACUAAGAUUUUUAAUAAUGUCUCUAAGGAGCUGCCUGGGAAGACCUUAGACUUCCAUUUUGAUAUAUCUGAGACACCAAUUAUUGGGAACAAAUAUGGUGAUCAACACACCACAGCUGGAAGAAAUGGGAAACCCAAAGUUAUCGCUGUUACCAGAAGUACUUCUUCUACUUCCUCUGGUUCUAAUUCUAACGCCUUGGUCCCUGUUAGCUGGAAAAGGCCACAGUUAUCACAGCGAAGAACAAGAGAAAAGCUAAUGAAUGUGCUUGCUCUCUGCGGCCCGGAGUCCGGCCUCCCGAAGAACCCCUCAGUGGUAUUUUCUUCCAACGAAGACUUGGAAGUCGGUGACCAACAGACGAGUCUGAUUUCUGCAACAGAAGACGUCAUUCAUGAGGAAGAGGUACCCGUGGAAGAUAACACCAGUGAACAGCAGUUUGGGGUUUUUAAGGAUUUUGACUUUUUAGACGUUGAAUUGGAAGAUGCAGAGGGGGAGAGCAUGGACAACUUCAACUGGGGAGUGCGCCGGCGCUCGCUGGACAGCAUGGACAAGGGGGACACGCCGUCGCUGCAGGAGUGCCAGUGCUCCAGCAGCACGCCCAGCCUCAGCCUCACCAACCAGGAGGACACGGACGAGUCCUCGGAGGAGGAGGCGGCCCUCACGGCCAGCCAGAUCCUCUCCCGCACGCAGAUGUUAAGCGGUGAUCCUGCUACCGACGAAACCGCCCCGGACCACCCCGAGCUGCUCCAGUCCCAGGACUCCACGGGCAGCGUCUCGGCAGAGGAAGUGCUUCAAAUCAGAGAUGAGACCCCAAGUUUGGAGCCCUCUCUAGACAAUGCUAACAGCCAGCUGCCUGAGGAUACAAGUUCACUAUUAAAGGAGGAACAGGUCAUUACAGCCUUUGGAGAUGCAGGGGCAUACGUAAUUCAAGAGCAGCAGGAUUCUCUCGUGUGCCAAGGAAUUUUGGACUUGGAGGAAACUGACAUGCCAGAGCCUCUGGCCCCUGAGAGCUACCCAGAGUCCGUCUGUGAGGAGGACGUCACCUUAGCUUUGAAAGAACUCGAUGAAAGAUGUGAGGAGGAGGAGGCUGAUUUCUCUGGACUGUCUAGCCACGAGGAGGAGGAGCCAGACGGCUCCCUGGAGGUGCAGGCGUCGCCCCUGCCAUCGCCGUUCCUCUCUGCCAUCAUCGCCGCCUUCCAGCCGGCGGCCUGCGAGGACGAGGAGGAGGCCUGGCGCUGCCACGUCAACCAGAUGCUGUCCGACUCGGAUGGCGCCUGCGCCGUGUUCACUUUCCACGUGUUCUCCAGGCUGUUCCAGACCAUUCAGAGGAAGUUUGGAGACAUAACGAACGAGGCAGUCAGCUUUCUCGGCGAGGGUCUGCAGCGCAUCGGCACCAAGUUUAAAAGUUCCCUGGAGGUGAUGAUGCUGUGUUCGGAGUGCCCCACCGUCUUUGUGGAUGCUGAAACACUGGUGUCGUGUGAUUUGCUAGAAACACUCAAGUUCAGUGUCCUGGAGUUGCAGGAACACCUGGAUACGUACAACGCCAAGAGAGAAGCAGCCGAGCAGUGGUUAGACAAUUGCAAGAGGACAUUUGGCGCCAAAGACAUUUAUAGGAUCAACACAGACGCACAGCAAAUGGAAAUUCUAGCAGAACUGGAGCUCUGCCGAAGGUUAUACAAAUUGCAUUUUCAAUUACUACUUCUGUUCCAAGCCUACUGUAAACUUAUCAACCAAGUAAAUGCAAUAAAAAAUGAAGCAGAGGUCAUCAACAUGUCCGAGGAGCUGGCUCAGCUGGAGAGCAUCCUCAGGGAAGCCGAGUCCGCCGCUGAGAGCGAAGAAACCCACAUUUCCAAAGCCGCACAAACCACCAUAGAAACUGCCAUUCACUCCUUAAUUGAAACUUUGAAAAACAAGGAAUUUAUAUCGGCUGUAGCACAAGUCAAAGCUUUCAGGUCUCUCUGGCCCAACGACAUCUUCGGCAGCUGCGAGGAGGACCCUGUGCAGACGCUGUUACACAUCUAUUUCCAUCACCAGACGCUGGGCCAGACGGGAAGCUUUGCCGUCAUAGGCUCUGACCUGGACAUGUCAGAAGCCAACUACAAACUGAUGGAACUCAAUCUAGAAAUAAGAGAGUCUCUACGCACGGUGCAAUCAUACCAACUGCUAGCACAGGCCAAACCAAUUGGGAAUUUGGUGAGCACUGGAUUCUGA